AUGGUCGGUGUGUCCGGGGAAACGUGUCUGAAAGGACAAAUUCUGCAGCCAUACCGACACGGCAGAUCAAGAAGAGAAAUUCUGCUCACAGAAGAAUCCGGUCGCAAGAUUGGCAGUCACACACCCAUGGCUGUGCCUUUGGGAGAAAUUUGGGGUCCCAAGGACAUUUUGAAAUACGGACUGGAGGAGCAGGGGAUGGAACCGCCAAUCUUCCGCCCCAUGUUUAAGAGGAGUCCAGAUAAAACUAAAGCCUGGGGUACAAAGUCAGAGCACCUGCUGAGGAUAGACGACCACGACUUUACAAUGCGACCAGGAUUUGGAGGGCCGGCUGUCUCUGUUGGAGUGGAUGUUCAGGUUGAAAGUUUGGAUGCCAUUUCAGAAGUCGAUAUGGACUUUACUAUGACCCUAUAUCUGAGGCACUACUGGAAAGAUAAACGUCUGUCCUUCAGAAGCAACAACAACCUGAGCAUGACUUUCGAUGGCCGCCUGGUUAAGAAAAUCUGGGUACCUGACAUGUUUUUUGUCCACUCUAAGAGGUCUUUCACCCAUGACACCACCACUGACAACAUCAUGCUGCGAGUUUACCCAGACGGUAAAGUCCUCUACAGCCUCCGGGUGACAGUCACAUCCAUGUGUAGCAUGGACCUGAGUCGCUUUCCUCUCGAUACACAGACAUGCUCUUUGGAGAUAGAGAGCUAUGCUUACACAGACGAUGACCUGAUGCUGUACUGGAAGAAAGGAAACAGGUCAUUAAACACAGAUGAGAGAAUUUCUCUCUCCCAGUUUCUCAUCCAGGAGUUCCACACCACCACCAAGCUGGCCUUCUAUAGCAGCACAGGCUGGUACAACCGUCUUUACAUCAACUUCACUCUGCGGCGUCACGUCUUCUUUUUCCUGCUGCAGACCUACUUCCCUGCCACUCUGAUGGUCAUGCUGUCCUGGGUGUCCUUCUGGAUUGACCGCAGGGCCGUCCCUGCCAGAGUGCCACUAGGUAUCACCACGGUGCUCACCAUGUCCACCAUCAUCACUGGAGUCAACGCCUCCAUGCCCAGGGUCUCCUACAUCAAAGCUGUGGACAUUUACCUGUGGGUCAGUUUUGUGUUUGUCUUCCUGUCGGUGAUAGAGUAUGCUGCAGUCAACUACCUGUCUACUCUACAAGAACGCAAGGAGAGGGCACUCCGAGAGAGGCUGCCAUGUACCUGUGGUAUGGCUCAUCCUGGCAUGAUGUCAGCCAGCUACAGUGAGGUGGAUGCUAACAAUACAGGGAACUACGGCGGCAUGUCAGGAGAGAACGGGGUGAAACGGGAGAGGAUGCUGGUGCAGCUGGCGAUGGAGAAUGAUCAGGUCACCGGCCAUGUUGGCUCCGGCGCCUACAGUAGCGCCGGGAUGGACACGCAUGCCAUAGACAAAUACUCCCGGGUCCUCUUUCCUGGAUCUUACAUCCUGUUCAACAUCAUCUACUGGUCUAUCUACUCCUAA